AUGUCUGGGGUUAAACUGAAGGAAAACAUUAAGAAACGAGAGCGUCUUUUUGGGUCUUUGAAGUUAUUUAUUAAAUUUUUGGAGAGCUAUGAUCCAGUUAAACAUUCGGGUCAGAUUCAAACGCGCUUAGAUAAAUUGGAAUUAAAGUGGGCUGCGUUUGAUGAGCUUCAAGAGGAAAUUGCGGUACUGGAUGAAAAAGACGAGUUGGAAAUGUUUAACUUUGAAGCAGCGGCCAAAUUUGAAAGUCAAUACUACGAGAUUAGGGCAUCAUUGUUGGCAAAACUUCCUAUGGCUCCCCCAGUAAUGAACAUGGAUAACACUAUAGGUCGGAAUACUACUUUGGGUUUGCACACCGGUGUUCGGUUGCCGCAGAUAUCAAUACCAGAUUUCGAUGGGGACUAUCGUCAGUGGUUGUCAUUCAAAGCGACGUUUGUGUCUUUGAUUCACGAUUCAAUGGAACUUAGUGAGGUACAAAAAUUCCACUAUUUAAAAUCUGCACUGAAGGGGGAAGCUGCAAAGUUGGUAGAAUCGUUGACGCUUACUAAUGAAAACUACAUUAUCGCGUGGGAGACGAUAACCAAACGGUAUUCCAAUGAAAAACUCCUUAAAAAAAGACAUCUUCAAGCACUUAUGGAGUAUCCUAGGAUAAAUAAGGAAUCUGCUAUGGCGAUUCAUGGGUUGGUAGAUGAAUUUGAACAGCGGCUGAAAAUUUUGAAACAGCUUGGCGAAAAGGUUGAACAUUGGGGCGCUAUGAUUGUUUUUUGGAUGUGCUCAAAAUUGGACAUGAAUACGCUUCAACUUUGGGAAGACUACGCAGCUUCAUUGGAGGAUCCUUCUUUUACUGUAUUGGUUGAUUUCUUGGAGAGAAGGACAAGGGUUUUGGAGGCCGUUGGUUCAAAUUCCGCUGAUGUUGGGUCAGUUCAGAUUCGGAGCUCUUUGAAACGUCAACAGGUGGGAAUACAUGUUGGAACAGAUGGUGGAAAUCAUAACUGGACAUGCGUUUGCUGCGGUGAAUCUCAUUACAUGUCUCAGUGCGGCAAAUUCUUACAAAUGGAUCUUAAAGAGCGUCUCAAUUUUAUUAAUACUAAACGCCUUUGUAGCAGCUGUUUGAAAACUGGACAUUGGGCCAGAAAUUGUAACUCCAAAUAUAGAUGUCGUACUUGUUAUCAAAAACAUCAUUCGCUAAUCCAUCCAGGAUUUUCGAAAGUCGAUAGUGAGCCAGCCUCAGUGAAUAAUGUAUCCACUGAUUGUCAACAAGAUUCAAGAGAUCAAUUAGAUGAAAAUGGCGAAAAUGAUUCGUUAAAUGAACAGGCAGUUGGCUCAUACAGUGUAGGCCUAAAAGGUGGUUUAUCUUCUGUGUUUCUUUCAACUGUGGUUCUGGUUAUACGUGACAGUAACGGAUCGAAACAAUUAGCCAGGGCACUUCUCGAUAAUGGUUCGCAAGCUAAUAUCAUCAGUGAGCGGUUGUGUCAGAUGUUGAAACUAAAAAGAAAACCAGUGAAUAUUCCAGUGUGCGGUGUUGGGCAGGCUCAAUCACAUGCGCGCCACGCUGUCCACGCUACUGUUGGUUCUCGUAUUUCCGACUUCUCAAUAGGAAUGGAAUUCUUGGUACUUCAAAGGGUAACGACUGAUCUGCCUGCUGUAAGUGUACCGGUGGACCACUGGAAAAUACCCCAAGAAUAUCGAUUAGCUGACCCUGAGUUCAAUUCUAGUAGCCGGAUUGAUUUGUUGAUUGGAGCUGAACAUUUCUUCCAAUUUUUCUACCAAAAGGAAAUGCAGAGUAUAUCUCUCGGUCCCGGAGUUCCUUACUUAGUUGAUACGGUGUUUGGCUGGGUAGUUUCCGGGAAGGCAGACAUUACGAAUCCAGCCUCUGUAAUUUGCAACGUAGCUACGGACUCAACAAAUCUUGUAAGGCAACUUGAACGUUUUUGGACGGUCGAAACAAACGAAAAUCAAUUGGUUUGGACAGCGGAAGAAAGGGAUUGCGAAGAGCAUUACAAACGCACUUACAAACGAGAUGAUAUUGGUCGAUAUUUGGUUGAAUUGCCGAAGAAGGUAGGGUUCGAUAGAAUGCUGGGAAGUUCUAAGACUGUAGCAUUAAAUCGAUUCUGGAAAAUGGAGCAACGUUUGGAAACUAAUAGCGAGAUGAGGCAGCAAUAUCAUGAUUUUAUGAAAGAAUAUCUAGAAUUGGGGCACAUGAGGAAGUUGACAGAAGGCGAAAUGAUGGCUGAAUUGGGUGGAGACAAUACUCGAAAGGUUUAUUAUUUACCACACCACGCAGUCGUUAAGGACUCAAGCACGACAACAAAAGUGCGCGUUGUGUUCGACGGAUCAGCACGUACAGAUACUGGAUUUUCACUAAAUGACUGUCUGCUAAAGGGUCCGACUAUACAAGACAGUCUUCUCACUCUUCUACUAAGAUUUCGAAAGCAUGAAGUAGCUUUAGUAGGGGACGUGGAGAAAAUGUAUAGACAAGUUCGCCUACACUCUGAUGAUACAUUGCUCCAAAGGAUUUUCUGGAGAUUUUCCAAACAUGAUCCACUGGAUAUUUACGAAUUACUUACCGUUACAUAUGGAUUGACCCCCUCAUCAUUUUUGGCUACUAGAUGUCUCCAACAAUUAGCCCAAGAUGAAGGAAUAAACUUUCCCCGAGCAAAACAAGUGAUUGAGAAUGAUUUUUAUGUAGACGAUUGCAUCACUGGGGCAGCUUCAAUCGAAGAUGCCAUACUUCUUCGUAACGAACUAAUCGCAGCUAUGAAAAAGGGUGGAUUCCCAUUGAGAAAACUAUGCUCCAAUCGACCUGAGGUUUUGAAUGGGCUUCCAGAGAAUUUGCUUGGCACUCAUUUAACCAUUACUUUUGAUUUUGACCCUGGAGAGGAAGUUAAGACCUUGGGGAUCACUUGGGAUCCCAAAGCCGAUGAAUUGCACUUCGUUCACAUUCCUGAACCAGAACAUUUCAUGUGGACCAGAAGAAAGGUUUUAUCUACCAUAGCCAAAUUAUUCGAUCCAUUAGGUUUGAUUUCUCCCGUGGUUGUAACGGCUAAAAUACUCAUGCAAGAGCUCGCCUUGCUUCAAACCAAGUGGGACGAUCCAGUUCCGAAUUCAAUAGAGCAGAAAUGGCUUAAAUUUUAUGGAGAAUUGCCAUCAUUGUGUAAACUGAAGAUCAGCAGAUUCGCAUUCGCCUCGAAUUACGUCCAGUCCCAGAUCCACUGUUUUGCUGAUGCUUCUGAGCUUGCUUAUGGAGCUUGUGUUUAUUUACGCAGUACUGAUCCUUCCGGCGGUGUACGAGUAGAACUAUUGGCUGCUAAAUCACGCGUCGCACCUCUCAAACGAUUGACAUUACCCAGAUUAGAGUUGUGCGCAGCAAAGGAGGCUGCUGAACUCCAUUCUAACAUCAUCAAGGCUCUAUCACUCAACAGUGUCAAGUCUGUCUUCUGGUCUGAUUCAACAAUCGUCCUUCAUUGGUUGAAGGCUCAACCGAAUACAUGGAAUACAUUCGUAGCCAAUCGUGUUUCGUCAAUACAAACUUGCACCUUUGGGCAUCAGUGGAAUCACAUCGCUGGGAAGGAAAAUCCGGCCGAUCUGGUCUCGCGAGGGUUGAACGUCGAAGCCUUCUUGGAAAAUCAACUUUGGAAGAAUGGUCCAAAAUGGUUACGAGAGCCCGAGAAGGAUUGGCCCGCUCAGAACCUGCUUGAUACUUUAGAUGAAGGACAGCUAGAAAUACGCAAAAUUGUAAAUGCAGUUUCUGCACCAAAGGCACCCGAAAGCCUUGAGUUUUUCAAAACCCAACACACCUUGAACACUUUAUUGCGCAUUGUAGCAUUUUGCUUGCGAUUUUCGAUUAAUUGUAGAACGCCCGACCGAAAAAUUUGCGCUUCAACAGUAACAGCAGAUGAACUUCAUUCAGCCAAGAUGGCUUUAGUAAAACUCAUUCAAUCAGAGCAUUACUUUAAUGAGAUUAAGCACCUCAAAAUUCAUCACAUUGUUCCAUCGAAAUCCUCUCUCAAGUUGCUUAAUCCCUUUUUGGACAAAAAUGGCAUCAUACGCGUAGGAGGCCGUUUAAAUAAUUCCAGCGAGAAAUACUGCGUCCAACAUCCAGCUGUUUUACCACCCACACAUCCUUUCACCCACCAGCUGAUUAAUUACACCCACAUUAGAACUAUGCAUGGAAGUCACAGAUUAACAUUAUCAGUCCUGCGCCAGGAAUUCUGGCCCAUCCAUGGGAAAAGAGCUGUUAAGUCAGUGAUACGAAGAUGUUACGAGUGUUUUCGAUCAAAUCCAAUUUCUCUACAACAGCCAACUGGUCAACUUCCUUCCACAAGAGUUCAUGCCAGCAAACCUUUCCACAUAACUGGAGUUGAUUACUGCGGACCGUUUUUCCUAAAACCGCCACAUCGUCGUGCAGCCAGUCCAAAAUGUUACAUCGCGGUUUUCGUUUGUUUUUCGACAAAGGCUAUACAUUUGGAGCUUGUUGGAGAUUUAUCCACUGCUAGUUUCAUUUCUGCAUUUCGCCGAUUCAUUGGUCAUCACGGAAUACCAGCUGAAAUGCACUCCGACAAUGCCAAAAAUUUUGUUGGUGCCAAGCAAGAGCUGAAAACUUUGUACGAUUUCCUCGAUCGAAAGCAGACACAAGAAAAAAUCUCAAACGAACUCACCCACCAAGGUAUCAAAUGGAGAUUUAUUCCUCCCAGAGCACCUAAUUUUGGAGGCCUUUGGGAAGCAGCCGUUCGCAACGUUAAGUCUUCCCUCAAAAGGGUCAUUGGAUUGCGCCAGCUCUCGUUCGAAGACUUCACCACGCUUUUAGUGCAAAUAAGCGCCGCUCUUAACUCAAGACCCUUGACCCCACUCACCGAUGAUCCUGCUGACAUAGACGCUCUCACGCCAUCCCAUUUUUUAAUCGGUUCUCGUAUGACCGAUCUACCUGAUCCAGACAUCCGCAAUGUACCCACAAACCGCCUCACCCACUACCAGCAAAGACAGCAGCUGUUCCAGCAUUACUGGCAUCGAUGGAGUAAGGAGUAUCUCACCGAACUUCAAGCGUCCACCAAGAUCGGCCGACCGCACGAUAUUCAAGUAGGCGACGUUGUGGUACUUCGCGAGGAUAAUAUCCCACCUCUAAACUGGCCUCUUGCCAGAGUGAUUGCGGUUCAUCCAGGAGACGACAACGUGAUCCGUGUGGUCACCGUACGGACUGCAACGGGAAUUUACAAACGACCGUCAUCGAGGCUUUGCCCAUUGCCGAUCGACAAAUCUGCUAGUUCCACCGAAACCCUUCUUACGAGUCGUUGA